CACAAAGGAUGAAAAAAAAUAUUUGGAAUUCGUCAAUUUUCCUUAAAACUAAAAGUGUAUGAGAAUUGACCCAUUCUCACUCCUUCGAGGGGGUGAGAAUGGGUAAAGAGAACUGAAUUUGUUAAAAGUGACAUUUUAAAAAGGCCUUAUUUUUAAGCUUUUUAGGUGAUUUAUCAAAAAUUAACUAAUUCCUCUAGAAGCCUAAUUUUUUACGGAAACUGCUGGAAACUACGAUGACACCAUCAAGUUUUUGAUUCGAUAUUCGUAAUAUUUGAUGAGAUAUUUCAGAUAAUGUUUUGACCCAUUGUCACCCCCAACGACGGUACCUCAAAGUAAUUAUAGUUGCGUAUUUUACCAUUCAGCUAGUUUUCACUACAAUAGCUUUGAAAUUCCAGUGCGACUGGGUUUUGUAAAAACCUACGGUGUAUUGCCAUUUGUUUGUAUACAAGAUGCAUUGAUAACGACCUCAGUACGAAUCACUUCAAGCUGAAGGGAAAUGAUAAUGCCGGUUGAGUAGUAUAUAAUCCUUACAAACUGCACAAUCCAGCAUCAAAGUCAAUUGCACCGUCAAUCGAACAGCAUCAAAUUACUCAAGUUAUUACAAGCAAUAGUCAAUCAGUUAAAAAAUGAAGUCUUACGCCGCUAUCAUCCUCGUAUCGAGCCUCAUUGUCGCCGCCAGUUGUGCCCCACAGUUUGGAUUCGGAGCAUCCGGAGCAGGAGCCAACGCUGCAUCCCAAGGAAUGGGAAUGGGCGGUGGAUUCCCCGGAAUGGGUGGCGGCAUGGGAGCUUCAUCCGCAAACGCUGGCGCCGCUUCGCAGGGAUUCGGAAUGGGCGGACCUUUCGGAGGCAUGGGUAUGAGCGGUUCGGCGGCCAAUGCUGGAGCGCAAGGUAUGGGCCAGGGAUUCGGUGGGUAAGAAGGGGUAUAUGAUUUAGAUAUUAGCUAGGUGUUCAAAUUAUUUUUCAAAGUAUUUCUGAUGAUAGUAAUAAAUGAAUGAAAACAAUUGCAACCAUAAGUAAAAAUGUAGUAUGUAAUUCAUUUAAAAAAUAUGAUUGAUGACAAUGACCAUUAAAGUAAAAUAAGAAUUGAUAGAUAAUCCA